GCAGCUGCGGCUGAAAGCUCCAGAAGCGUCUCGUGCGCUCUGGCUGCGUCAGCGCUGCGAUUCUCAACCCCGGGAUACGAAGACCAGAUCCGGAGCAGAGUCCACAGGCGACAGGCGCUCUGUAUCGGCUCUCUGUGUGUGUGUGAGAGAGGGAGAGUGAUUGUGUGGGCGGUUUUCCUUCUUUUUGCAGGGACCAUCAGUCUUCUCACCGACCUGUUUAAUCUGCGGUAAAGAAGCCCGCUUCUCUUCAGACAUGCAUCCAGCAACUGCCAAGUGGUACGACAGGAGGGACUGUGUUUUUAUAGAGUUCUGUGUAGCAGACAGCAAAGAUGUAAAAGUCAAUUUUGAUAAAGCAAAGUGUGGCUUCAGCUGUCUUGGAGGAACUGACAACGUCAAGCAUGAGAAUGAAAUAGACCUUUUUGAAGAUAUCGAUGAAAAUGAGUCCAAACAUAAACGUACAGACCGCUCAGUGUUGUGCUUUCUACGGAAAGCACAACCAGGGAAGGCGUGGCCAAGACUAACAAAAGAGAAGGCCAAGCUGAGUUGGCUCAGUGUUGACUUCAACAACUGGAAAGACUGGGAGGACGAGUCGGACGAUGACAUGGGCCAGUUCGAUCAAUUCUCAGAUAUGAUGAACAACAUGGGAGGAGACGACGACCUUCCUGAUCUAGAUGGGGCAGAUGACGACGACUCUGCAGAUAGCGACGAUGAAAAAAUGCCGGAUUUGGAGUAGAAGGCUGAGAGACUCUGGAGAUGAAAUGGAAGAACAAGAGGGCAAGGGGAAACCUAACAAAUAUAUAUCUUGAAAUUGAAGGCAGUGACAAACAACUGUACAUAUGAGUCAGUAGCCAUAUUUAAAUCCAUAGCCUCAGCUCCAAACUCUUAACCAAUCAGUCCACUGAAGGUUGAUAUGCAUGGUAUUGUACAGAGCAGCUAUCUCCACUUCCAUUUGCUGUACUGCACCUUUUGGGUUUUGUUGUUUUACUGUUAAAUAUUACAACUAAGCACAUCUUAUUUGUUGGAAAAACUGUAUAGUUGUCCUCAUGAGCAAUACAUGUCAAGAGAUUUCCAAUUUGUUUUUGCGAUUCAAAGUGGUGGUUAAAAAAAU